CAAAAGUGACCUUUAAAUGUAGGUGCCUCCAAUUUGGGGUCCCAGUGUUGGACACGUAGAGGGCCUGGCUUGCAGAGGUGCCCACUCGAAGCCAUGAGGCUCAAAUACUGAGCCACUCAGAAUUCGAGCCCCCUUUGGGAACGUCAGCUCUGGAAGGCUCGGUGCCUCAGUUUCCCCAUCUAUAAAACGGGCAUAACGCUGUUGACCCCUCUGUGUAAAACACUGUGAAAUGCAUGAAUGAAGAGCGCUCUCCAUCCACUAAUCACCCCGGUUCUGUUUAUAAUCAGAGGCCUGAGGCAUAACGCUCGGAGCUGGAGUUGAACCGGACCUGGCGUGGAAGGAUGUGUGGGUUUGGGUCUGUCCACUCCAGAGAUUAACCCCAGUCGAAUAAGGCUGAAGCUGGAGUGGGUUCAGGACAGGUGGCCUGGCAGCCCAGACGUUGGACUGGGACUCGGGAGAUGCGCGUUCAAUGCCCAGCUCCGCAGUCGCCCUGCUGGGUGACGGAGGAAAAGGCACCUGGGCGCUGACGUUCAGGCCCCCGCAAUGGGCUAGGGGUUCAAAGAGUCCCGCUCCACUGCAGGCACCUAACGAGGGGACAGAUGUCGGAAGGAUCUGAGCAGCCGAUGGGCUGAAAAUCUGGCCCGGGGGUGGGAGCUGAGCCCGUCUGACCAUGCUGGUCCUACACCUCCCUGUGUCUCCAUCAGCAAUACCCUGCUACCGCCAAGGGUCAUUUAAUGGGUGUGAGCGGACGGGGGGCUAUGAAGACACUGCCAAACCCCCCUCAACUUCAGGGCUUUUAAGACCAGAAGGGGCCAUGGUGACACUCCCGCAGAACAAAGGCCAGGGAUCCUUGCCCGGAGCUCGGCCUCUUGCCUUCCCAGAGACGGUCCCCUACACGCCCCAGAUCACUGCCAAGUCGCUGGAAGGGAAGCUCACCGCGACCACCUUCACACUGGACCAGCCCAUCUGCAUCUUCGAUCAGUACGUGAACAGCACCGAUGACAUCUGGCUGGUCGUUGCCUUCACUAACAUCACAUCCCAUUUCAAAAAUCCAACCUCACAGAUCCAAAUCCCUCCCUACCAGAAGCUAUCGACUGCUCUCCAUUACAUGACGCUGAAGACUUCCAUAGCCUUCUACCCAUGUGCUGAAAACAGGGCCCCUAGCGUGCUCCGGGUUGGCAGUGACACGUCCUGCAAAGACGACCGCAGCCUGGAGUACUGCAACGGACCCCUGCCUCAUCCCGGGCCUUACAGAGUGAAAUUUCUCAUCCUGGAUACCAAUGGGUCCAAGGCAGAGACAAGAUGGUCCCAACAAAUUAUACUGAAGCAAGGUCGCAAGGCGCGCUCCAUCGACACCUGGCCCGGGAGGCGCAGCGGCACCAUGGUCGUCAUCACUUCCAUCCUCUCCAGCUUCAUCGGCGUCCUGGUGAUCUUGUUCCUGUGCACGGUCGCCUACGAGUGCUUUAAGCUUUGGCGGCGAGAGGAGCCCGCGGUCCCGGAGGAGCCACGCGCCGGGUCCUUCAGAGAGAGGGAGUACGAUACCCACCACAUCCCCCCGUCGCAGGCUCCACCCCAGCCCCCCAGCGACGUGCCCCGGCCUCACUCGCCAGCCGCCUCCCCAUAGGAGCCCAGAGCUUCCCGCAGGCCAUCGUCCUGGGCUCAGCGGUCAGCACGCGGGCAUCCUCUGAAACCUCACAUCCCAUGUACGCACCCCGUGCCCUCCCCAUCACGCACCCUGCUGCCAGCCUCCCCUAUAUACCCCAGCCCCAGCGUCCCCNUACACUCCCCGUGCCCUCGCCAUCACACACCUUGCUGCCCGGCAUCCCCUAUAUACCCCGGCC